GAUCAUACAAGCUGUAUUUCGGUUAUGUUUAGGCGGUCUGUUGGCUCAGCCAGUAUCUCAGGACUUUUUACUAGCGUAUACUAGUACCAGCUUCUUCUCCACAACUAAAGGGGAACAUCACAUCUCGUCUCAAACACAACCAGUACAACGAUUCGUGACUGUGAUCUUUAUAUUCAAAUUACAGUUUGUACGAAGAACAAAUGAAGAUUAUAAAUCACAUUGCACUGGUGGCUGGACUAUGUGUAUGUGUGGAUGGACACGGGAGGCUAACACAACCCCCAUCAAGAUCCACAAUGUGGAGGUUUGGGUAUAAUACUCCACACAACUACAAUGACAACCAGCUUUUCUGUGGAGGAUUUUCGGUUCAAUGGAAUCAAAAUGGCGGAAAAUGCGGAGUUUGUGGGGACAACAUCAAAGAUAAAAUUCGCGAAAACGAGGCACCGGAUGGCAAGUACGCAACUGGUACAAUUGUUGCUAAAUAUGAAGUCGGCCAAAUGAUGGAAAUCAAAGUCCAUAUCACUGCCAACCAUAAAGGUUGGUUCGAGUACAGACUUUGUCGUAACGACAACUCUAGAGCGGCCGUAACACAAGAUUGUUUUGAUCAGAAUCUUCUCGCAGACGAGAGCGGUGCCACAAGAUUUACCAUAACCUCCUCUAUGUUUCAUAUUUCCCAUUGGGUCAAGCUGCCUGACGGUUUAAGCUGCAGCGCAUGUGUUCUCCAGUGGAAAUACAAUACCGGAAACAGCUGGGGUAAAGAUGAAAAGGGCAAAGGUUGCAUUGGAUGUGGACCACAAGAACAGUUUUAUGGUUGCGCAGAUAUUGCGAUCGGAGCAGACGAUAUUGAAAUUCCGGCACCAAACGGCGAUGUCGUCGUGCCUGACGGUGAUGUAGACGAGAGAGAAGAAAUAGAUAAAACAGACGAAUACAACAGUAAUGGAGAAUGCAUGUGUAAAUGCGCCCUGACGUCAGGGGCUAUGAACAUAUCAAUAAUUUCCGGCACAUUAUGUUGGAUCAUUGUACAAGCACUGUACAUUGCACUGUAAAAAGAUCAUUUAGAAAAAAUGCAAAAGUUGCUGAGUGUCAAAAUUAACUUUGAAUACUUUUUUAGCAUCGCCUGUACUCUCCUAGACUUUGUCCCUGUACUCAGAUCUAUAGACGUCGAACCAUUUCUAGUAACUGCGCCUUUCAAAAGGGACUAGCCUAAAAGGAAAAUGAAGUAAAUUCCACUCCUAUUUUGUUUCUGUUCUUGCAAAAUCGGACCCGCGGACAGCGGUUAAGCAGUAAGACACUAUAUAUUUUUUUCCGAAGUUAUAGAUCUACCUGAUUUCAUUCGCUUCACCUAAGUUUCAUCUUUUUACAUUCAGUCGCUCGGCGGAGUAACGAUUUUCAAUGGCCGAUAGACGUGAGAUCUUGUCUGUAUUAUGUGUAAAACUGUUAAAUUAUCAUUUGCUAUGAAAUACUAUGUAGAUGAUUAAACAAGUUUAAACCAAA